AUGUUCGGAGGUACCAGUCAAUUUUCAUUUGGUGGUAGUACGGCACCUUCAAAUCCUUUUGGUGCAACAUCAACCACUACCACUGCGGCUCCGGCAACAACUGGAUUUUUGUUUGGUUCUACACCUACACCAGCAACUAAUACAGCUGCUCCUUCAUUAAAUUCAACAUUUACAUUUGGUACUCCAACUGGAACUGCAUCAACAGCAACGCCAGCUGCAUCACAACCACUUACAUUUGGUACUGGAUUACAAAAUACAUCAACUAUUCGUCCAUUUGGUAGUACAACUACAUUUGGUACUACACCAGCUUCUACUACGCCAGCUACUGGCACAACAGGUUUUGGUGGAACAUCUUUAUUUGGUACUAGUCAACAAGCAGCUCCAACAACAUCAAUAUUUGGUCCAUCAGCAACAACAUUUGGUGCUGCACAACCUGCACCAACAACUAGUAUAUUUGGUUCAACCGUAGCAGGUACAACUCAAGUGGGUACAACAGUUAAAUUUGAAGCUGUAUCUGGGCAAGAUACAAUGCGUACAAAAAAUAAUACAUUUCAAACAAUAAAUACUAAACUUCAAUGUAUAUGUGCAAUGAAGGAAUAUACAAAUAAAUCAUUGGAAGAAUUACGUAUGGAAGAUUAUCAGUCAAAUCGAAAAUUUUCAGCAACACCUUCAUUAUUUGGUUCAACAACGUUUUCAUCAGCAACACCAUUUAGUCCAGCACCUUUUGGUGCUAGCACAACAUAUUCUGCUCCAUCGACGGCACCGAAUAUUUUCGGUAGUACAACAACUACAACAGCAAGUCCAUUCGCUGCAACGGCAACAUCAGCACCUUCAUUUACUUUUGGUACAAGUACAGCACCAACAACAAGUAUGUUUGGAACGUCAGCAGCUACAACAGCUAGUCCAUUCGGUACGGCAACAUCAACAACACCAGCAACAAGUUCACUUUUUGGUACAGCACAACCGUCAACAAGUAUUUUUGGUUCAACAACAACAGCAAGUCCAUUUGGUGCUAAGCCAGCUACAACUCAACCUACAUUCGGCUUCGGAACAACAUCAAGUACAUCAACACCAUUUUCUUUUGGAUCUCAACCAACUCCAAGUACAAGUAUAUUUUCGCACCCAACAACAUCCACACCUUUUGGUACGACGGGUCCAACUACUACAACAAGUAUAUUUGGUGUUCCAACUUCUACAACAACGGCAAAUCCGACAAUUACAAAUCCGUUUGGUACUCAAUCAGCUACAACAAAUAUAUUUGGUACAACAACAAGUGCAGCUGCACCUGUAUUUGGUGCCACAACAAGUUCACCAGCAUUUACAGGCUUCGGUUCUAGUGCACCAGCAGCGACAACAAGUAUCUUUGGUAAUCCAGCUACAUCAACAGCUAGUACAGCUCCAGUUUUUGGUGGUUUUAGUACGACAACAGCUGCUCCAGCUUCAGCACCAUUUUCAUUUCCAUCAACAGGAACAAGCACUGCACCGACUUUAUUUGGUUCAACGGCACCAGCAACAACAACUUCAUCAAUUUUUAAUCCUCAACCAUUUACUGGUUUUAAUUUUUCUCAAUCUCAACCAACAGCAUCAACAGCAACUCCAUCAUUUGGUUUUUCUACACCAUUUGGAUCAUCAUCAACAACAACAACAGCAACAACAGGUUUCGCUGCACCAACCAAUAUUACUCAAAUACAAAGUCAACAAUCCGUAUCAUUAGUUCAACAAAGAUUUCUUGCUGCAUCACUUCUUGAUCCAUUUGCUAGUCGUGGAAAAAAAGAUUUCAAUAAUAUUGAUCAAAUAAAACCACCAACUGAUUUAAUUGUUGUAUCAACUUCAUCAACAACACCGACAACAAUUACAACAUCUACAGCAUCACCAAUAACAUUAUCUUUACAAUCAAAUUCACGUAAAACAUCUUCAGCUCGUCCGUUAGUUGAUAUUCGUUUUAAAUUAAAACCUGUUUCUUCAUCAUCAUCACCAAAUAUAAUAAAUGACGAAAUCAAAUCACCUAAUCAACCAAUAACACCAACAACAGGGCAAAUUAAAAGUCCAUUAACAGCAGAUUUUAGUGAAGAAGAAGAACUUGUUUUAAUUGGAAGAAAUAAAAUGUCAAAAUUACGUUUAUCAAAUGACUUUAUUGAUUCAUCAUUUCAAUCCGAAUCUAUUCGUUCACUUUAUCCAUUAAGACGUCUUGCUGAACUUGAAACAUUAGCUAAUAUGAAUAAUAAUACAAAUAUUCUUUCAACUGUUCAUACAAUACCAUCAUCAACAUCAUCUACAACAACAAUUGAUACUGCUUCAGCUCAUGUCUCAUCAACAACUGUUAAUAAUGAACAAACUUUAAAUCCAACAAAUGUCAAUCGUGGAAUGUUACCUCUUCAUCAUUCAACUCCACUUAUUGUUCAUAAACAACCAUCACCUCCAAUGUCUCAUCCAUCAACAACACUUGUUCAAUCGCCAACAUCUCCACCUCCACCAUCAACAACACCACCUCCAUCAUCGACCUCAACUAGUUCAAUUCAACGAACGAAACCUUCACAUGAUUAUGAUUAUACAAACAUAACAAAAUCAAAUUCUAUUUCUAAUGCUUAUCAUUUACCAAAAUUAACACGUGAAUAUUAUUAUAUGAGACCGUCCAUGUCAGAAUUAAAAUCAUUAUUUGAUGAUCAAGGUCAAUGUAUUGUAAAACAAUUUACAGUUGGACAUGAAAAAUAUGGUUCAGUUACAUUCUAUGGUCAAGUGAAUGUUGCCGGUCUUGAUCUUGAUCGAAUCAUUGAAAUUGAUCGUCAUGAAGUAACAGUUUAUCCUGAUGAUAAUAAUAAACCACCUGUUGGUAAAGAAUUAAAUAUUCCAGCUCGUAUAACAUUGUAUGGUGUUUAUCCAAUUGAUCGAACAACACGAAAAGAAAUAACUGAAAUUGAACGUAUUAGAGCUAUGAAUUAUAAUGAUUAUUUACGUGAAGUAACAAAAAAAUUCGAUGGAGAAUUUAUUAAUUAUGGUGUAACUGAUGGUUCAUGGACAUUUAUGGUAAAACAUUUUACACGCUAUGGUCUUGAUGGUAGUGAAGAUGAUUUUGUUGUUGUUGUUAAACAACCACAACAACAAAUAACAAAACCAAUUCAUUCAAAUUUUCUCGAUCAAACAAUUGCAUUAAAUGACACAUAUGCAUUAUCAUCACCAAAAUCUCAACCAAUGGAUAUGGAAGAAAAAGAAAAUACAACAUCAUUAAUUACACAUCCACAACAACGACAACAACAAAAUGUUCGAUUUACAAAUCAAUCAUUAAUUGGUUUAAGACCAAAUGAUGUUGAACAAUUAGUACAAUCAAUGUUUUGUGAUGAUGAUGAUGAAGAUGAUUUUGAUGGUUUUCAACCAACAAAUGAUCAAAUGAUCACAUCAACAAAAAUUAUUACUUCCGAUAGUCGAUCAAUUCCAAUCGCUCAUGAACCAUUAAUUGAAAAACAUACUACAGUAGAACAAGAUAAAACUCAAAUAACAUUCAAUGCUCCACUAAAACCUAUGCGUGAACGUGUUUAUUCGAAUUUACCAAAAAAUAUUGCAAAAAUUCGGGGAAAAUAUUUUCGAACAAAUUUUUCACAUUACCUGCAAUAUGGAUCCAUUGAUACUUUAAAUGAAACACGUAUUUUACUCCAAACACCAAUGAAUUUUAAUCAACAAACAAUGGAUGAAUUAGAAAAUUUUUUAGAAAUUUAUUUUUCAUCAUGUGUACAACAAAUAGAAGGAAAUUCAGAUGUGCCUUAUUUUCAAGUUCGUCAAGAUCCAGAUGUUGUACAACGAUUUAUUGACUUUUAUACGAAAGUGUUAGAUGAAAAAAAUAUGGACGAUAAUAAUUCAUUCCAAUCAUUAGCUGAUUAUUCGUUACAAGUUUUUGAAUUAUGUCGUUUAUUAUGGGGACCUAUUGAAACACCAACAAAUAUUCAAAUAAUUAAUCAAGCUUAUUUUGACGAGCAAAAACGACGUCAUAUGCUAUCUAAUUGGUUACAUCAAUGUAUAUUGAGUCAACCGCAACAACAACAAUGGAUAAUGGCAAAUUGUGAAUUAUUAUCUCGUGGUCUUUUUAAUGAUUGUGUAAAAUUUGCACGAGACGAAGGUGAUCUUCGAUUAGCAGCACUUGUUCAUGCUGCAUCGGGUAGUAAUAGUGUUCGUGAUAUUCUUCGUCAUUGUGCACAUGAAGAUAUUGUUGAUGUUUAUACAAAAGAUUUUCAAAGAACUAUUGCAAUUUUAUCUGGUGAAUUUAUUGUGAAAGGCCACAAUUUAGUAGAUCAAAAUCGAACUAUUUAUUGGCAAAUGGCAUUAGCUCUACAUCUUUGGUUUGCUAAUUCUGCAUCAGAUUCAAUUUCAACUAUUGUUCGUGAUUUUGAAACAGCAUAUCAAGAUCAUUAUUGGCUUGAACCAAUAGCUCAUUAUGGAAAUACUAAAGCUCUUGAUCUUCGUUGGAAAUUAUUAAAACUUUAUACUGAUGAUACAUAUCCAAUUGAUAACGUAUUUGAUGUUCAUUCAUAUACUCAAAAUGCAUUUGAUUAUCGUCUAAGUUGGAUGUUAUAUAUAACACUCCAAUCAUUAGGUAGUUAUCCAUUAUCAAUUGAGAAUGAUGCUUGUUUACAUGUUAAUUUUGCUCGACAACUUGAAAAUCUUGGUUUUUGGCAAUUAGCAAUAUUUGUAUUACUUCAUAUUAAUGAAUCAACGAAUCGAAAAAAAAUGAUUAAUGAGUUUCUUCACCGUCAUGUAACAUCAAAUAUCGAUUUAACACAAGAAGAACAAACACUCGUGGAUAAAUAUAAUAUUCCUAUAAAUAUGAUCUUAUCAGCUAAAGCACAACGAGCUGAAUAUGAUAAACAAUGGAUGAAUGCUGUUCGUCUCUGGAUUGAUGCAAAACAAUGGCGAAAAGCACAUGAUACUUAUUGUUAUUAUGUUUUUCAUGAUACACUUUUAAAAGGAGAUUAUGAAUUUGCAAAAGAAGUAUUAGAUUUAUUAGAUCAUCAACGAGCGAAUAUUGCACAUUGGAGUAGACGCGGUGGUUUUGCAAGACAAUAUAUUGAAUUACUGAUUAUUUUUGAUAGAAUAAGACAUGGUCAAACAUCACUUUCUAAUCGUAUACAUACAAAUAUUCUUUCUCAAGUUCAUCGAUUAUGUGAUCAAUUAGCAGAUGUUAUCGCUGAUAAAUAUUUCAAAAAAAUCAGUCUUAUCGAUAUAAGUCGAAGACUUUUAUCUAUUCUUAAUUAUGCUUUGAUUUGUUCAAAUAUUCCAAAUCUAAUAAAUGAUAGUGAUGAAAAUUUUGCAAGAAAAUUAAAUUUAUUUCAUCAAUCAAUACUUUCUAGUGUACCAUGUUCAUUACCAAUUGAUCUUUUACUUGAACAAAUUGAAUUAAAAUAUCGUUCUCAUCGUCAUUAA